CAGAAUAGCUCAUUCUCUGGGAGAGACUGACUAGGAAGACCCGUGAUCAAGAGACACAUUCCCUAGAUCACUUUCAAAAGACUCAGAAUCGACUGCCUAAUCAUGAGCUCACCACCUAUCCAGUCUGUAGAGGAUCUCACUGAAGAAGAUGUCCAGAAGGAGAAAGUAAAGCAACUUAAAUCUACCUCCCCACCACGGAGCAAACUGGACGCAUUCCUGAGGAAGGAACUGGAAUUCCUGGGGGCAGCUCAGACCUUGAUUGGCCUUAUCUGCUGCUUCUUUGGAGUAACUCAGGAAUUCAUUCUGGAUUUUCUGAAACCUAAAAAGGACCUUUUCUCAGCCUCUUACAUGGGUUAUCCAAUAUGGGGAGGAUUACUGUUCACCAUUUCUGGAUCUCUGUUGAUUGCAUCUGAAAGAAAAGGCGCCAAGUAUCUGGUACAAAGCAGCCUGGUGAUGGCCAUUCUCAGUUCUGUGGUGGCAGGGAUUGGGAUAAGGAUUAUCUGGUCCAACCUGAAGCAAACAUCUUCUAUUUUUCAUAAAUGCCAGAAUCAACAAAUUGAAGAAUUUUGCUUUGCAGUUACUUUUUUAACUGAGACUGCAGUCAUGGUCUUAUGCCUCACUGUCCUGGAGCUAGGCAUUGGUAUAUUACUUUCUGUCAAUGAAAUAAUUGGGAAAAUAGUGGAAACAUGGAUUGCAAAGCAUCACACAGUUUACCAAGAAGCUGUUUAUGAAGAAUUAGGCAUCUAUGACCCAACUGCUGAAAACAUAGAGUUACAGAAAGCCACAAGAACAGAGUCCAGGGAGUCACUUCAAUCAAGAAUAUAUCAAUUACCAGAAGAGCUCCGGGAAACUUAA